AAACUACAUACUUCUUCUGUACAAUUCGAACUCUCACACCAUGAAGUUCGGACGCACUCUACCUGCUUCUCAGGUCCCGGAAUGGUCAUCUUCAUAUAUCAACUACAAGGGCUUGAAGAAGCUUAUCAAAGCUGCUGCGAACGCCGCGAAAGAUGGAAAAAGUGUUGAUUUGACAGAAUUCUUCUUCUCACUCGAUCGAAACCUCGAGGAUGUUGAUGCGUUCUAUAACAAGAAAUUCUACGAUGCUUCCCGCAGACUUAAUCUCCUCCAACAACGAUAUAGCGAUGCAAAAGUCUACACUACACAAGGACUGGAUCGCAAUGAAGUCGAAGAGUUAUUGGGUGCACUUCUUGAGCUCAGAUCCCAACUGAGAAAGUUACAGUGGUUUGGGGAGGUAAAUCGUAAAGGUUUCCUCAAGAUCACCAAGAAACUGGAUAAGAAGGUCGCAAAUGUCUGUACCCAAGCGAGGUACAUGGCUUCGAAGGUCGAUUUAAAGCCUUUUGCUGCAAACUUUGCUUUAUCCAAAGCUAUGAAAACGACAAAUGAUUGGAUUGCAGUUUUGGGAGAGAAGAACAUUAAUGAUGACGCGCUAUCGGUACAUUCCGCUCACUCGAUCAAGAGAGUAUCGUCGAGAACAAUUCUCAAUUUGCCCAGUGGAUUGGUUGAUACGGUCGAUCAAGCAAUUAGGACUGAUGAUGUCCCAACCCUCAAGGAAGCUAUUGCAGAGGCUGGUUUUGACGCCGGGGAUCGAUCAAUGCAAAAGCUAUUCUUGAACUUAUUGCAACGAUCCAUAUCUUGCAAGUCCAAAAACUCGAUUAUUUACUUCCUGAAGAUGAUAAACUCUUUAGACGAGCCAGAAGAUAUCAAUGCGCGCAAUUGUAUUCAUCGUCUUGUCAUUUCCAUCAGUCGUUCAAAAAUUGCCGCAAAGUCACAAGAGAAGGAGCCAGAGAGUGUUUCUUUUAUGGAUGUGGAUCGCGUUAGAUUCAUUACGCCAGCCCUUUCACCUAGUCCAGGACCAAACUCGAAGAAACUUCAAGAAUCAACGCUCUUGAGUUUGGAAGACGAGUCCGUCAAACUUCUGUCUUUUGUAUUGAGUAACUUGGAACCCCAUCAAAGAUCAGCAUUAAGUGGCAAAGAUUCUUACGGUCGUCUUCCGUUACAUUAUGCUGCAGAAUUUGGCUUUGUUGUAAUUUCUCAAUUAGUUAUGAAGUUUAUGCAGACUUGGGGCCAAUUCAAUGUCGAGAAUGGAAUCGAUGCACCGGAAUGGCAAGACAAUGAUGGCUUGGCACCCCUUCAUCUCAGUGUGAUUGGGGGCCAUCCUCUAACAACUAAAGCUCUUCUCGAUGGUGAAAAUUGGGAGGGUACUAGCGACAAAAAGGCUGCUAUGAGACGUGAUAUUGCAAAGUCAAGUGCAGUUCUUGCUUUGGCUACAAAGUCCAACUUCAAGAAAAUUGUUAGACUUCUUGUCGAUGCCGGGGUUGAUAUCAAUUGGAAAGAUGCGAACUCGAAUGAUGAAACUGCCUUGCAUAUCGCAGCACGAACUGGUCAUGAGGAGUGUGCAGACAUUCUUAUUCAAGGAACAGUAGAUCAAAAGGCCGAUUUUGAACUCACCGAGAAGGUCUACUCGUGGACACCAUUACAUGUUGCUUGUGUUGAUGGUCACCUUGCUAUUGUGGAGCUAUUGAUAUCAGCUGGAGCCGAUUUAUCUAAAGCUGAUGCCGGAGGAUGGACAGCUAGAGAGCAUGCAGCUUUAAGGGGUCAUAUGGAUAUUGCAGAGAGAUUGGCAGAGGUUGAAUUAGAGAGAGGCAAUUCUGGGAGUGAAAAGUCUGCAGAGAGUGGCAGUUCAUCCCCACCCAAUCAUUCUUCAAUCGAAACAUUCCGAUCACAGAGCACAAAUUCUCGAGUUACUGAGCCCGUCAAGACUUUUGGACAUCGAUAUCUUACAAAUGAGAGCAUGAUUCUUGUCAGCCUGGGGUCAAUGGAUAUGAGAAAAAACAUUCCUGCAGUGAAGUUGGAGAACAUUCCUAUUUCGGAAGCUCAUUCUACUCAACUCGACACUGCUCUGUCAAUUGUGGUUUCAGCAAAAGGGGCUACUGGCGAGCCUAUGACUAUUGAUCUUCCUAUUCAAGAUAACAUUUCUACCGAUCCCAUUGUAUUCACAACUCUCGACGCCUCCAAUGUUAAGUUAUAUUUCGAUAUCGUACCUACAUAUGCUGGUAGCGAAAAGCAUAAGAUUGGAAGAGGAAUGGCAAUCCUGUCUAGCAUUAGGCCAACGAUUGGACUGAAGCGCAUGAAUCUUCAAGGAGAUGUCACUGUACCAAUCAUUUCCAAAGACACUUUGGAGGAUAUCGGAACUGUAAACUUUAACUUCCUUGUAAUUACGCCGUUCUCACAUCCAGAAAUGGGAAUCACCGCGCAACAAACAUAUUGGAAGGAGUUGUCUUCAACAAUGGUCAUUGGCCAUAGAGGUCUUGGCAAGAAUACUUCUGCAAACAAGUCACUCCAACUCGGUGAAAACACUUUACAGUCUUUCAUCGCAGCUGCUAAUCUUGGAGCCAACUAUGUCGAAUUCGAUGUUCAGCUUACAAAGGAUCACGUUCCAGUCAUUUACCAUGAUUUUCUUGUUUCCGAAACUGGUAUUGAUGCCCCAGUUCAUACUCUAACAUUGGAGCAAUUUCUUCAUGUAAAUGAGACCACAUCUCGCUCAACACGUCCCCCAUCUCCUCCAAAGGAUACCCCGCGAGUUCAUGCCAUCAAAAGAGGUAUGGAUCGUCAAAGAUCUUUAUCACUAGGCCAAGGAGAGUUCGAAAAUGACAUGGCAGAAAGAAUGAAGCACACUCGCGAUUUCAAAGAAAAGGGUUACAAGGGCAAUACGCGUGGAAACUUUAUUCAAGCACCAUUCACAACUCUUGAAGAGAUGUUCCGAGAACUUCCCCAAAAUGUUGGAUUCAAUGUCGAGAUGAAAUAUCCUAUGCUUCACGAGACGGAAGAGCAAGAAAUGGAUACUUAUGCCGUGGAACUGAAUAGUUUCUGCGACACAGUACUUGCAAAAGUUUACGACAUGAAACAAAAGCGCAAGGUCAUCUUCAGUUCGUUUAAUCCAGACAUUUGUCUAUUGCUGUCGUUUAAACAGCCGAGUAUUCCAAUUCUUUUCCUCACAGAUGCGGGUACGAGUCCAGUAGGAGAUAUCAGAGCUAGCAGUUUGCAAGAGGCAAUUCGAUUUGCUAGUCGUUGGAACUUGCUUGGUGUGGUUAGUGCGGCGGAGCCAUUGUGUAAUAGUCCUAGAUUGGUUAAGGUGGUGAAGGAUAGUGGAUUGGUUUGUGUUAGUUAUGGGGCGUUGAAUAAUGAUCCGGUUAAGGUCCAGGAACAAGUAAACGAAGGCAUCGACGCAGUAAUUGUAGAUAGCGUUCUCAAGAUUCGAAAUGGUUUGACGAAAAAUGCCAAGGGUUCGGGAGUCAUAACGCCCGCUUGGGCAGAUGGUUUGCUAGAAGGUGUUAAGGGCUUGGAUAACAAAGCUUAGAUUGGAUAUGGAGUCUUUCGAAAAGGCACCAUUAGAAUAGAAUGCUUGAGUAUUGGUGCAUGGAUUGUAUAUACAUACCUAGAAGUGAUGCUACAGUGCAGGAUUAGACAGUGUAUGGAUUAUGUGUAUUCUUCUCCCUAAUUUUAUCCAUGUUUAGGGGGUGUAAUACAAUAGAAUUCGAUGCA